GCUCAAACCCAUCGCCAAGAAAGGACAUUCCACCAAUAUCUUCGGUAAUUCCCAGAUGGGGGCCACUAUAGUAGAUGCCCUGGAUACCCUUUACAUAAUGGGCCUCCACAAUGAGUUUAAGGAUGGCCAGGAAUGGAUCGAGCAAAACUUGGAUUUCAGUGUGAAUGCAGAAGUAUCUGUCUUUGAGGUCAACAUCCGCUUCAUUGGAGGGCUUCUGGCUGCAUACUACCUCUCCGGACAGGAGGUUUUUAAGGUGAAGGCUGUCCAGCUGGCAGAAAAGCUGCUUCCUGCCUUCAACACCCCAACAGGCAUCCCUUGGGCCAUGGUCAAUUUGAAGAGUGGAGUGGGGCGUAACUGGGGCUGGGCUUCAGCUGGAAGCAGUAUUCUGGCUGAGUUCGGGACGCUGCACAUGGAGUUUGUGCACCUGACGUAUCUGACUGGAAACCCUGCCUACUAUCAGAAGGUGAUGCACAUACGGAAACUGCUGGCUAAGAUGGACAGACCCAACGGGCUUUACCCCAACUACCUGAACCCACGCACAGGACGCUGGGGCCAGCAUCACACCUCGGUAGGUGGGUUGGGUGAUAGUUUCUAUGAGUACCUGUUGAAGGCCUGGCUAAUGUCUGAUAAAACAGACACAGAGGCACGCAAGACCUAUGAUGAUGCCAUCGAGGCUAUCGAGCGCCACCUCAUCCGGAAGUCCAACGGUGGCCUUACUUUCAUCGGGGAGUGGAAAAACGGCCACUUGGAGCGUAAGAUGGGUCACCUGACUUGCUUUGCUGGGGGCAUGUUUGCUCUGGGGGCUGAUGGGUCGCCAGAUGAUAAAGCUGGACACUAUCUGCAGCUCGGAGCUGAGAUUGCACACACCUGCCACGAAAGCUACGAUCGCACUGUGCUGAAGCUCGGUCCAGAGGCCUUUAAGUUCGACAGUGGGCUGGAGGCAGUGGCUGUGAGACAGAAUGAGAAAUACUAUAUCCUGAGGCCUGAGGUCAUCGAGACGUACUGGUACAUGUGGAGAUUUACCCACGACCCCAAAUACAGGCAGUGGGGCUGGGAAGCUGUGCAGGCUAUAGAUAAAUAUUGCCGAGUAAGUGGAGGAUUCUCUGGUGUUAAAGAUGUCUACUCCUCCAACCCCACCUACGAUGACGUCCAGCAAAGCUUCUUCCUGGCUGAAACGCUCAAGUAUCUCUAUCUACUUUUCUCCAGCGAUGAGCUGCUGCCUCUUGAGAACUGGGUGUUCAACACGGAGGCCCACCCUCUGCCCGUCCUGCACCUGGGCAACAUCACCCUGCCUGGCAGCGAGACCCAGCGGUAAAGCGGACUCACCGGGGGGGCGUCCUCCCCCUCGCUUGCCCCUUUUCUAUACGCCUCCCUCCUUGUGAAAGACAGAAGCUGCCAGUGCAAAGGAGAGGAGAGAACUGUACCCACCAACCACUGUCUCGUCCCGGUCUGUGAAUCAAGGGACUGCAGUGAACGGAUGGGACCAGAACAGACCGAACUCUCUUUAUCUAUGUCUCUCUCAUAUAUUCUCUGAAGGACAGACUGCUGGAUUAAUCGUGUGUCUCUCUCUUGUGGCCGCUGGCCUGACAUGUCCGUACACACUGUACACGCAUUAGCGGACUAAAUGACCUUCUGAAAUGGAAGUGUGUUUCUCACUUGGGGAAGGAUUUUAACAAGUAAAUUCGUUCUUUUUUUUCCCUCUCUCUCCAAUUUGGCGGCAUUUCAUAUCAUCGGCUGAGUGCUAAACCACUUCAAAAUGAUGGAUUAAUGGUUCUCUGACCAGACCGCCUUCAGAGUCUUUCUCUUUCUGAGCUGGGCUCCUGGAGAUGCCAGAUGUUGGAUGUGACCUCCUGUGAAAUCUUUCUCCAGCUGAGGCUGAAUUUAGGCCAGAGGCCCCCAGGAAUGUUCUUUUCUCCAUAAUUUCUCUAGAUCUACAGUAUCUACGAUGUCUUUGUAAAGGUUAGCGGGUAAAAACAGACACAUGCUGCUAAUCGAACAGUUGCUGCCUGUGACACAGUCACCACCGUCAUUCCAGAAACCUACGUUGUUCCAUUCCCAUCUUUUUUUUCUUUUUUUCCAUCCAUUGUGAAUGCCCAGAAUGUAAUUCAUACUGCAUUCUGAAACAUGGAUGGGGCUGAUGGUUGAUUUUGCAACACAAUGAAUCAACGCUUGAAGUAACUGUAACUUGUGGGUAGGAGUCGCAGUGCUUUAGAUGCCAUUACCAUUUGUUUUCAUUUGUCGAUUGUGCUGCUCUGUUAGACCAGACCAGAUUCUUUCAACAGCCAAGAUUUACCACUAAUUGUAGCCAACAAGGUAGAGAUUUUAGGUAGCCCUUUACAAGACACCCAGAGUAAAUAAACACAAAAAAACAGUGCAAGGAUUUUGAAUACAAUUGCAUAACAACUAAACCUGUGAUGUGUAUGAUGUUUUAGACUUGGGAAUACUCCUGAACUGAGGUCAAAGACUUUUUUUUUGUCAUUCCAGUUUCUGGAUGCUUUCAUUAGUCAAAUGCAUACCUCUGAAUAUUUCAUGUGAGUUUUAUAUUUCACAUGACUUAUUCAGUCCUGGGCUGUAAACACUCUGGAUGUCCCUGGACAUGUUUUCUGAAACACGGUGAUGGCAGACAGAGAAACAGAUUUCUGAUAUCAGAUGAUUAAACACAACCUGCAGCCAACAUUGAAGUAUUUUCUUUGAUUUUAUUUAUUCAUGUUUUGGUUUAAUUGACCUUUAAUGAAUAUUGAUUCAGUCUCUUUGGAAGAUGUGCUCAGCCUUAUGCUCUCAGACUCGUGUAAAAUGGCUCAUCCUCAGAAAAGUUCAUGUAGUUAACCAGAGAAGGAAAAGCUAAUUAUUUUCUCAUCUUGGGUAAUGAAGAAACUGAGAAUCAGUCUGUCAAAAAGACUUGAGGAUCAUUGAUGGGAUGCUGGGUGUCAUCAAUCAGCUCCCUUAAUGGUCUGUCCUUUCAGUUCCUGUUUCUAAACCUCUCAUCCCAGUCUGAGGGAGAUGUGUCCUCUCCUCCCCUCUAGAUGGCAGCAGCGGUGUCCGGCUGCUCCUGUACCUGUCAUUUCUCUUCUUUUCUUUUCUCCCAGUAACAUGACUGACUAAUGGUGAGUGAAGCCCAGGCCAACACUCUUCCCUGUUGUUGCUGGGUGAGUUUUAACAAAGCUGUGUUCUGUAUUUGUAUUUUUACUGAAC